CUUAACCACAACCACAGGACGACAGAUUAACAACUUAACAUUUAUUUCUUGACCUCUCUCAUUUUCCAUCACCAUUCCGCCUUUUCUUUUUCUUUUUUUUUUUCUUUCCAAUAAUAAAUAUAAAUAUUAUUAUUCUAAUACACUCCAUUUCAUUUCACGCUGGUGGGGGGUUUUGUUAAUUUACAUCCGGACUUAGGAAGAUCAAGAAUGAGAAGAGAUAAGAAGAUGAAGGGAAGAAUUUCUAUGAUUGGGAGUUACGCCAUUGCAUCCUCCAUUAAAGACCACCACCAUCAACGCCCUUCCAUUACCUGCACCACCUUUAAUAUACUCGCUCCCAUUUACAACCGUCUCAAUCAACAGGAUCCCAGUUGUCGCGAAAGCGAUUACAGAACGUACUGGCUAGCCAGAAAUCAGAGAAUUCUGGAUUGGCUUUUGUAUGAGAAAUCUUCCAUUAUCUGCCUUCAGGAAUUCUGGGUUGGAAACCAAGAACUUGUGAAUAUAUAUGAAAACAGACUUGGCAACGCCGGUUAUAUCAGUUUCAAGCUUGCUCGGACAAACAACCGCGGCGAUGGUUUGUUGACUGCGGUGCAUAAGGAUUAUUUCAGAGUGGUAAACUACCGAGAACUGCUAUUUAACGAUUGUGGAGACCGCGUCGCGCAAUUACUACAUGUUGAAUUAGCAGUUCCAUUUUCCCAUUGCCGAAACAAUGAUAUUCGUCAGGAAAUUCUCAUCGUCAAUACUCACUUGUUAUUUCCUCACGAUUCUAGUCUCUGUCUUGUCCGUUUGAAUCAGGUAUACAAAAUUCUGCAAUACGUUGAAUCUUAUCAGAAAGAAAACAAACUCAAUCCCAUGCCCAUCAUACUUUGCGGUGACUGGAAUGGAAGCAAACGUGGACAUGUGUACAAGUUUCUUAGGUCGCAGGGGUUUGUGUCCUCAUAUGACACAGCUCAUCAAUACACAGAUGCAGAUUCACGCAAGUGGGUGAGUCACCGGAAUCAUCGGGGAAACAUUUGUGGGGUUGACUUCAUAUGGCUUUUAAAUCCAAACGGAUACAGAAGAUUGCUAAAAGCAAGCUGGAGUGAAGCUAUUUUUGGCAUGUUCAAGUAUCUGCUUCGAAGAGCUUCACUGACAGCAGAUGAUGCAUUUGCCUUUCUGAAGGCGGACAAUGAUGGUGACUAUAUAACCUACUCUGGUUUCUGUGAGGGACUUCGACAGCUCAAUUUGACUGGACAUCUCCAUGGCCUUAGUGUUGAAGAGAUAAACGACUUGUGGGUACAAGCAGAUAGUGAUGGAAAUGGCAUACUUGAUCAUAAUGAAUUUCAGCAGAGAAUUUGGAAUUCCACGGGGACAGAGAAGAGAGAUGAAAAGAGCAACGAGAUUGAAUCAAAGGAAAAUCAGGAGCAAACGAUUGGUUUUAGUGUUGAAAAUGCAGUCUUGUUUCCUGCUGAAGUUGAGAAAGGAAGGUGGCCCGAGGACUACUCCCUUUCCGACCAUGCACGACUCACUGUGGUCUUCGCACCCAUACGAAUGCCUUGUUCUCAGUUGAUAUCCUGAUCCAAAACAAUUGUUACUGUAUACAGAAGAAGUGGAAAACAAACCACAAUUCACAACUGAAAUGCUCGUUCAGAUCGAGAGGAACACAACUCGUUUGAUUUGUGUUCAAUGCUAUUUUCCUUUUCCAACCCAAGAAAUCCAAAUAAUUUUGGUUUGGAGUUGGAGGAACCCACCUGCACCCACAAACCCUGAUGGACGAAAGCUUCUGAAGCUGGGAGCAGAAUCCAGCCCCUCACAAGUGAAAGGAAGGAUAGAGGCCGUUAUGUGUACAGACAGACAAUUAUAAAGUUGUAUAAACCCUUGGCCCUUGCUUUUGUAAUUUUUAUGUGAUAUAUUAUAGUAUAUGUACAGUUCCUUGAUACUUUUUGGUAUUUGGUAUAGAAACACUUCAUUAGGUAUUCGACUGGAGACGAUACAGGGCCAAAAUAGAAUACAAUAGCCAAAUGUACGUUUUCGUUUCUUUAAAAUUAUCUUUCUUUAUAUAUAUAUAGGCAUUCCUGAAA